CUUGUUUGGUUCCAAGAAAAGGUGAGAGUGUGGGCGUAUAACACCCACGCGUCUCUCUUUCUUUUCUUCUCUAGUGUUGUUCAUAUUCGUCUAUUUCAAUUACAGUGUUCUUGUUGUAUUGCAUUGUGUUUUCUCUAACAAACAAAUUAUCAUUUUUACUGUUAUGCCCUCGCACAUCAAAUCCGACUCCAUUAUCGUGUAUACUUUUACGGUUAUGGGUGCGUAGGAUACAAUAACCAUACACACAUAGCGCACGAUAGCCAACCUUCACUCAUCCAUGCUCGGUGUACUCUGCGCCACUCGCUCCCGCCCUUGGAUCUUCUCUUUCCUUCACUCCUCCGCCUCUCACCACGCCGCUCGCCUCGCUCAUUGCACUGUCGCCUGUUCCUCCCUUUCUACGCGAUUCGAUGCUACCUUCGCCGCUCGUCGCCACCAUUCCAGCGCAUGCGAACUCCAAUUAGGCGGCGGCGCUGCGUCCAUAUGGCAUGCGAUUAGGCCUUGCGGCGGCGAUGGAUUCCGACGAGGCGUUGUGACGGUUCAACACGACCACGACCUCAAAGGAGAAGGAUCGUGGAACGUUGCGUGGGAUGCGCGUCCUGCUAGGUGGCUUCACCGUUCUGACUCGGCUUGGCUUCUCUUCGGCGUCUGCGCUUGUCUUGCGCCGCCAGUCAUUGCUGACGUUGAUCUCGAGGCGCCGCCAACUCCGGCGAUUAAUACGGACGAGAAUUCCGAAGGACGUGAAAUGAAAUAUGCGGAAGGCGAUAAAGAACGAAAUGACGAACUCUCCGCUGAUUACAGAGUCACUGGAGUGCUUGCUGAUGGCCGGUGUCUGUUCAGAGCAAUAGCUCAUGGAGCUUGCUUAAACAAUGGAGAGGAAGCCCCCAAUGAAAAUCGACAGAGGGAACUAGCUGACGAAUUAAGAGCUAGAGUUGCUGAAGAACUGUUGAAAAGGCGUAAGGAAACAGAAUGGUUUAUAGAAGGGGAUUUUGACGCAUAUGUCAACAGAAUUCGACAGACAUAUGUCUGGGGAGGAGAACCUGAGCUAUUAAUGGCUUCUCAUGUUUUGAAGACACCGAUAUAUGUUUUCAUGAGAGAUGCAAGCUCUAUUGAUUUGGUAAAUAUAGCAAAGUAUGGUGAAGAAUAUAUGAAUGAUAAGGAGAUUUCCAUCAAUGUGCUAUUUCAUCGACACGGUCACUACGAAAUAUUAGAGACCUUAUGAACAAUUAUCUCAAAAAUAAUAAAAAAUUAGUGCAGUACAGACAUAGUUUUCCUUAAUCACGCA